AUGGCCACAAGCUUCGCCGUUGGCAACUGGCAAGUGCAAGUUAAGAAGGAGAGGUCGAACCUGGUCCGAGCGGGGAAGCACCCGAUCAACGGCACAACGGCCGUGUUCGCCACCUCGGCGGCGAGACCACCAACGAAACCUGUUCCGCCAACCCCAAGAUCACGGCAGUUCACGACUCCGCCCGUGAGCCCGUACUACUCUCCCAGAAGGAAAGAAGAUGCCUUUCCUUCGCGCUCCGACAACAACGGCGACGGCUCCUCGUUGGCGUCUGGGGCGGCCUGGUCCUCCUUCGAGUGUGGUGAUGGUAGUAGCGUCGGUGGUGAUAACGGUAGCUCAAGCAUCGCGUCUGCGGCGGGGAUUGGAAACCCGGUGUUGGAGGCCGAGGCCUACCGGCUCGAAGCGCUGAGGAGACGCCGGUUUGUGGAGCUACAGCAGAUGCUGGCUUUCGAGCUCCGGGGACUGGCGCGAGAGGAGCGCGAUCGACAACUAGCGGAGAAGGCCCGCGCCAGAGAGGCCAUGGCGGAGAGAAAGAGGGCAAAGAUGUUCGAGGCUGCCGACCGGGCCCGCUUGGCGCGGGAGCGGUCGUGGCAGGACAGGGAGAAGAUCUCGGAGAGGGAGGCCGCAGCCAGGAGGGUGGUAGAGGACGAGGCCGCAAGGCGGUUCGAUGAGCAGGACCGCCUGAGGCGCACGCAGGCUAAGCUGGCCGCGGAGCGGAGGGCGGAGUUGGCGGCGCAGAAGGCCGCCCUGCUGCAAGGGCGCAUCGACCGCGGUGCGCGCGUUCGGAGGGCGAGGCAGCUACGGACCGAGAGGCUCGCCGCCCAAAAGGCCGCCGAGAGGGAUGCCGCCGCCGAAACCGCGAAAAGAGUUCGGGAUUCCGAGCACGAGGCGAGGAAGGCCGCCGCCGCCGAAAGAUGGGCCGCCGCCCGGGCCGGGGUAGACGUGGCGCGGCGGCGCCGGGACGCCGAGGCGAAAGCGUUGCGGGAGAAGGCCGGGGGGAGGAUCGCCGCUCUGGAGGACCGGGUAGCUUCGUUCCGCAUCCGACAAAAGGAAAUAGAGGAGAGAGAGCGCGAGCUGCGCGAAGAGGAGGCCGCGGAGCUGAACCGAGCGAGGCACGAGGCCGCCCGCCGAAAGAUCGAGGGGGACGCCAAGCGAAAGGCGGACGAGGUCGAGGGCAAGGUGCUGAGGGAGAAGAGGGUCGCGCAGCAGCGAGAGAUCAAGAAAGAGCGGGAAGCUGCGAGGAGAAAGGCAGAGAUGAGGGAGAAGGAGGAGCUGCGGGAUAGAAUGAUGGAGAGGAAGGCCAAGGCUGACAAAGAGAGACGCGAGGCUAUUCGGCUGAAGUUGGAGCAAGACGACGCCAAGGUGGAACUCCUCCGGUUAGAGAAGGAGCGCCUCCGGGCUACGAGAGGGAAGCUAUCCUCGGAAACGACAAAGCAACGGAAGAUGCUGCAGGGGCACUUCGAAGCGCUGAAGGAAUAUUCCAACGGGCACAGCAUCAGCUAUGGCGAGCUCGCCGCGGCGGUGACCGCAGCCGGAGCGGGCGCCACCGCCGCCGCCCCCGCCGCCGCCGCCGAGCCAGGAGGGGACAGGAACUGCCUCGGCGGCGCCAACCCCGCCGCCGCCGCCGCACGCCGCCCGAACGCCACGACUCCCCGCGCGGUGCGGCCGUCCGGACCUCAUCAUCGCGCCGACAUGUCCGUCGCCCGUGGCGGUGGUGCUGAUUCUCUGUUUCCUGCCCCUCAUUCCGGUUCUCCGCGCUUUCCUCCUCCCGCCCAGAACGACAUCAAAACCGGGGCCCGUGCCCGGGCAGCCCCUCGUCCGCCGCCGGGACCGACAAGCUCCGCCUCCGUGGCAAGCAUCACGACUUCGUUGUCGCUGCUGGUACGGGAUGGGUCUCACGGCGGCGGUGGGGGUGGAAAGACGCCUCCGCUGACGGCUAGAGCGACGGCCCACCGCAGGAUCUCCCCAAGAAAGCCCAGCACAAGCGCCGGUGACAGGCGGGGGGGUAGCGGCAGCGGCGACCAUCGGGGGGCUAGGGUGGACAAUCCGGCUGCCGCCGGCCUUCGCGAGUGGUACAUGUACGACACGAGAGAGGGCCAGAAACUUGUUGGUCGCGGCAGCGCCCGUGGCGGCACGAGAACGGCAACCGCAUCAAAAGCAAAGACCCCACGCGGCAGAAAAAACCGCUUGGUCAAAGCGAAAGAGACGGCGGCGGGCGGCCUAGGGCACGGCAGAGGGGGGACCACUUCAUCUGCCUCCGAAACCGGCCGCGAAAACAGGCGACCUGAAACGGGGCGAAGACCCUUGGCGGAGGCAAGUGACGAACUCGAAAGCGGAAGUGACGAUUUCGAGGCUUACGCGAGCAUGUCAUCCUCCUACUCGACGGACGCGAACAGCACCACUAAUACGACGACACCGAGCCCACCUUUGCCUUCGUCGCGACCGUCGUCUCCGCGAGGCGAACCGGGGGCGUCGUCGUCCGACGCAGAUCUCCUGCGGGGCAGGUACGACCGGGAGCUGCUGGCGGUCCUGGCGGAAGAGCAGGCGGCGGAGGGCGCUCGGGAGAAAGCGCUCGCGGCAGCCGUUGCCCGAGCCAAGGCCGCGCAAGCGAGAGCGGGGUACGUCGGGGGGAAGAGGAGUAGUGCUGCUGCUACCGGGGGGCAGAUCAAGGACGGUGGUUGUCCUGAAAGUCAAGGAGUAUCGCCAAUGUCCGGAGGAGAGCCCGAUGGCGUCGUGGCUACCACGGCAAGGCUAGCGAUCGCCGCAGCACCAGGAGAGGGCGGCGGUGGUGGAGCCGUUCGCGGAGACGGGCAGGAUCGGAGGGAGGAGGAAGCCGCGGUCGCGACGAGAGACGCGAUCCGCCUAGAGAAAGAACUAGCGACGGAGAGGAGAGAGGCCAGCGAGCGGGUGCUCAGGGUGUCCGAAGCAUACGAGGAGGCCCUUCGAAAACUCUCUUGCGAUCGUCAGUGUUCUCCUCCUUCGCUCGCCGUCUCAAGACGCGACGCUGACCGCGACGCGCAAUAA